AUGGAAAUCGAUGUUGACAUUUCUAGAGAUGAGGCAGACUACGGAACGGACGAUCAAGACGAUCUAGAGGAGAAUGCUUCGUCGAUCGAAGAUCAACAAGCGUCCUCGGAGGACGAGGCCACUCCACCAGCACAUGCAUAUGCCAGUCUGCUGUGCGCUUUGAAACCCUCGAACAUUGAUAGGGACAGACCCGCGAAGAGACGCAAACUCGAAAAUGGAGUCACUGGAGUGGAUUCUGGUGCACAAAGGCAGCGCAUGGGGAGCGACCCUCAGACGAAAGAAGAGACGAUCGUGGGCACCAAUGAAGCAGCAGCACUGGCCGAAGAAGUCGAAGACGAACUAGAAGUUGAUGAGGAGGAUUCAGAUGACGAAACGUUCGUUCUUCAAGAUCCUUUCGAGAAACAUUACGCAAGCGUGGCAGAAGCUGAGCUGACUGCAGCAAUUGAAAACCAAUCCGGAACAGGCACAAUGUCCAGGACUAUAGUAGGCAAUCAUGUACGCAAAAUUCGCACCUCUUACAAUUGUGACUCGGCCCCGUCCAACAGCGAGACCACAGCGAAAGGAACGAAAUUAAAGCAACGGCUUGCCAAGGUUGGGAAGGCCUUGACGGAUACCUUACAAUUGGAAGAGUUGGAUGUGUUGCAUGAGAGUCUAAAUUAUCAAGAUAUCAUCUACGGCUGCAGAUCUGUGCAAAAUUCUGGCGCCCUGAGGGAUGUAUCAGCUCUACAUACACUGAAUCAUAUCUUCAAGACUCGAGAUAAAGUGCUCAAGAAUAAUGCCAGGCUGGCUCAAGAGACAGCUGCUGAUACUGAGUAUCGUGACCAAGGCUUUACACGGCCGAAAGUGCUGGUGCUGAUACCGACAAAGCAGGCGUGUGUACGAUUUAUUGACACUAUAGUCAAACUGAGUGAGCCAGAUCAGCAAGAAAACAGGAAUCGAUUCAUGGACACAUUCUCCCUACCAGAGGACGACACCUUCCAGAACAAGCCUGAAGACUUUCGCGAGCUGUUCAGUGGAAAUCACGAGGAAGAUUUUCGAGUAGGGCUUAAGUUCACCCGGAAGACGAUCAAAUUCUUCUCAGGGUUUUACAACUCAGAUAUAAUUCUUGGCUCGCCCCUCGGCCUGACGCGGACGAUCACAACUGGUGGAGGUAAGAAGGACGGUAAGAAAGGACACGACGCGGAUUUCCUUUCCUCAAUCGAGAUUGUGAUUGUAGAUCAUGCCAAUGCUUUGGAGAUGCAAAAUUGGCAGCACGUUGACUAUGUCUUCUCUCAGCUCAACCAAUUACCUAAGGAGUCGCAUGGCUGUGACUUUGCUCGAGCACGAAACUGGUAUCUUGACGGCAAAGCCAAAUAUCUUCGCCAGACGAUCAUCUUGUCAGACUACAUUACUCCCUCAAUAUCCGCAUUAGCUUCGACCUAUCUUCUCAACGUCGCUGGCCGAAUCAAAUAUACGCCCACAUAUCCAGACUCGGACGCCCGCUUCAAAUUUUUCUUCUCGACAAUUCUCACUAGCCUACUACGCUCAUCAAAUAAAGCUGUCAACAAGGGUACGAUAAUAUUCGUACCGACAUAUCUCGACUUCGUCCGCCUCAGAAACCACUUCUCCACUGCGGCGGAGACGACCUCCCUUUCCUUCGGCACCAUCUCUGAGUACUCAACCAAGGGCGAAGUAGCUCGUGCUCGCUCGCACUUCCUUUCUGGACGACAUAGUGUUUUGCUAUACUCGGAGAGAGCCCACCACUACUUCAGAUAUAAGCUUAGGGGCGUCAGAAGGCUGAUCUUCUACGGUGUACCUGAGAAUCCGAUCUUCUGGACUGAGAUGGUCGAUGCACUCGGUGAGAACGCACAAUCGGAUCUGGAGUGGGCACAGAAUCAAAAAGGGAAGCAGGGUAAGGGAUUUCUUAGAGCGUUGUUCUCUAAAUGGGACUUCAUGAAGCUAGAACGUAUUGUCGGAACUGAGCGGGUUAAAAGGCUUGUGAGUGAGCGUGAGGGCGAUGUUUUUGAUUUUGUGUGA